UGUGUAAAAAAGUUUCGAAAGUUAGCGGCACGCGACAUGCGUGUAACGAGCGCGGCGAUUGGCCGCCACCGCGCCGCUCUCUUAGCACACAUGUUUAUUUGCAUUCGAACAGAGUUUUUGCAGAUUCAGUGAACCGUAGGCGCUAGCGAGCGCGUAGCGGGCUGCUACGAAUCCGCUACAAUAUUACUUGGUUCGUAGUACGUAGCUACGGCAUUUAUUAUUUUCGUAAAAUAUAAAUUAUAUUAAUUACCAUACGAUACAUUGCCUAUGGUAACUUGUAACGAGUUUAUAUUCCAGUUCGUAGUGAAAAUAAUGUUGAUAUACCGCUUUACAAACACAAUAUUCUCUGCAUAAUUUGCGUGUGUCAGUGAGGCCCCUGUCAGCUAUGCGCCAAGAGUCGUUGCCGAUGUUAGCGGAGCGGCUUUUGGCUACCCGCGCCGCAGCACUUGUCGCUGGAUUACCCGCCGAGUUGUAUUCUGGUGCGCUGUUGGCUGCGUGGCCUCCAUCACCCCCAGCACCGCUAUUACCACCUCCUGAAUUUGAAAGGUCCAGGAAACGACGUCGAACACCCAAGCUCGAAGAUACUGCAUCUACCGCUCCUCCUUCUCCACCUUCUUCAGGUUCAUCACCUGGUGCGACUGAGCCCCCACGGGACAAACUAUUUACUUGCAAAGUUUGCUCUCGCUCUUUCGGAUAUAAACAUGUUUUACAAAACCAUGAGCGUACGCACACCGGCGAGAAACCGUUUGAAUGUGGUGAAUGUCACAAGAGGUUCACCCGUGAUCACCAUCUAAAAACACACUUACGUUUACAUACAGGAGAAAAACCUUACAGCUGCCCACAUUGUCCGCGUCAUUUCGUGCAGGUUGCCAAUUUACGACGGCAUCUACGUGUUCACACUGGGGAGCGGCCUUAUGCAUGUGCGCGGUGUCCAGCUCGCUUUUCUGAUUCAAAUCAACUAAAAGCUCAUGCUUUAGUUCAUGAAGGAGAUGCGCCAUUCGCGUGCCGCUGCGGAGCUAGAUUUAGACGACGGCAAGCGGCAGCAUUACACAGAUGCUCGAGCACCGGCUGUGAACCUGACAUGCCUAGUCCACCAGCGGCAUCAGCGCCAGACUGGCGUUGGGAUGAAUGGCCCGAGCAAACUGAGCCUGAGGACCUGUCGCUACCUAGGAGGCCGGCCACGCCGGACUCGCCCACCGACUUACGCGUCCAUUCCGCGUAGUCGCUGCGCGCUAUGCGCCGCUGAGCCGGUAUACGAGUUCCUCCCGCGUAGACCAUGCGCUGCUGCCGGGCCGACGACGCCGGUGUUCACUAGCUCACUUUUUGUACAAAAUAUCCAGAGCUCUUUACUCGCACAUUAUGACUAAAUAGGUACUUUUUUUAUAAAAAAAAGUAACAAUAAUAAUUUUUGCUCUACUAAAGAUUGUAACGGCUUUUUUUCUGUUUCUUGGUAAACUACUGACGCAGUCUCUUUAAGUAUUGUCUAUUCUUUUUUAUAAUUUCGUAUUUGCAAUAUUUCUCAUAAAAACGCUUUUUUCAUCCACGUUACAGUUUAGAUCUUAUUGUCGUACUAUUUGCAUAAUCGUAGAGCGAGGUAAAGCAAAAACGUAACCGUUUGUUCCUUUGUCUUGCAACUUGCAAAACAGAUAUAUUGCACAAAAGGUAUUUUUUGAUUUAUUGACGUCGUCUAUUGUCUCUUAACAAACUAAAACGUUUUUCUUAUGUUUGAUGGUUAUUGAUCUGCGAUCGUCGUCCUCCUCCCAUCGCGCCUGAUGAACGGGAACCGAAAUACUAUAGCUAAGACAGUGGAGGCCGCGGCAUUGACUUAUUAUUAUUAACUACAAUAGCUAGUUUCACAAUCUGUAAUUAUUAAGUAUUGAUUUGGUAGCGAGUUCCGUGUUCUGGACAAAGCCAUUUCCAUUGUGUUCACCCCGAUCCGUUGCUCCUUCGCACAACCGGUUUAUAAUCAUUCUUUUUAUACACAAUUCUGAAGUUCUUACACAAUGACCUUUGAAAAUAUCACUGAUUUGUACUUAUUCCGACGAAAUGCCAACCGACGCGUAACCGAUACUUGUUUAGUACUUUUAUAGGGGAUGCUUGUUUGGAAUCAAUAGAGCAUUAGAUGUGAUUAGAAUAAAGCGAGCUGGUAUUAGAUACAAAUGAGCGGGAACAGCGGCGGCGAAUUAGCCGACUGGCGAUCGAGCGCAACUUGCUUCUGUAUAUAAAAGCUAUCCUUACAAAAUUAUUUAUUACUUAGAAGUAGGUUCCUAGAGGAGACGGUAUGUUUACCGCACCUAUUCGUAAAAAACGUUUACCUAAUGUUAACAUUGUAUGUAUAUAUAUUUAUAUAUAGUGAUCAUGUCAGACCACCGACCAACCAUUGUCAGGUAAACACCUAUUUCACAGUGGGCUGUGUUGUUUUGAAUAAAGUUUAGACCUGAAUGUGCUGACAUGAAAAAAAUAUACGAUUAUUUGAAAUAUGGGCUUUGUACACUUAGGAUUGAUAUGUUAGGUAGAUAUUCUUUAUAGUUUUUAAGGAAACAGUCAGAAUAUUUAAUAUGGAUAUUGUAUAUAAUUAUGUAUGUAGAUUAUUUUAAGUUCUCUUCUGAUUGUACACUGCCCAAGUGUUAUGUACCUAUAAUAAUUAGUGGAAAGUUAAGUGUGAGGCGAACCUGGACGCGGUGAGAUGCUGCGCGUGCAGGAACCGCUCUGUAGGGUGUGAUGCGCGCGGACGCUCGGCUCGCGGCCGGCACUACACCGCGCGUCGCUGCAAUUUGUUCUACGGGUAUUAGUUUCCUACUAGUUGUAAUGUGUUUAUUUUCUUCGGUUAAUCUCUAAUUUAAAAACAUGAUAGUUGUUCUGAAUGUUUUAGCGCACAUAAAAUGAUUGUAUCUAUUUAAGCAGUACAUACUGAUUGUUGAUUAUUAUUAUUUUAUUUUCUCUUUAGAUGUAAGAUUUCGGCAUGUAGGGUCUUUCUAUUAUACGAAACCUAUGUAAAUUAAGCAUAUGAAAUAUUUUUUCCAAAGAAAUUAUUGGUACAAAAAUUAAUGUGUACAAAUUUAAAAAUACUUUUGAUUAGGAGUCGUAAUUUCAUGUUGCAAUGUUGUAAAAUUAUGGUAGUUAGAAAAGUAAAGUAAGAUGAACUGUGCCAUUAUCUACCUCAUCCGACUGCGGUUUACUGCGCCAGGGUAAAGAGCCAAAGUUCUUGGAAUAUUUUCUACUGUUUAUCUUCGCUGAGAUAACGUACAAAUGUCGGGGUUGUGCCUGACCCUGACCAUGAAUAAUGUCAUAAAGUUAUGAAAAUUAAUGUUCGAGACUGAUUUUUAAUUAAUAUUAUUUGAUUAUAAAAUAUGAUACACGCAGAGUGCACUGGGGUCGCUGUAUGUAUCGGUAUCGUCAUAAAGGCACAUAAAACUCGCUAGCACAUUUGUGUAUGUUCAUAUUUAGUUCUAAAUAGUUUGCAAUUCACUUGAGUUCCUAUUUAAAUUAUAGAUUUGAAAAUUUAUUGUUUACUUACUUAUUUGUUUAUUUUUCAUUAGUUAUUAAUAGUGUUAUACAACUGUGUCAUUUUUUAAAGUGUAAAUUUGAGAAUCACGAUUUCAUACUUUAAUUAUUAGGAAAAUGUUUUAUGUAUAUAAUAUAGGUGUAUCCCAAACCUAAAUCUUUACUUAAAAAGAACUGCCAUUAAAAUCAUCUACCUCAAGCUCGGAUUACAGGUGUUAUCUUCACUUACAAAUACAUAAUUACUUACAUACAAAACAAGUUUUACUUCUACAAAUUAUAAUAAAUAAGAUAUAAAUGUGACAUAAUUAUGAUACAAUGAAUAUAUGUAUUUCUUUAUCAAUGU